UCAUCCCGUUUUGGGUUUAAAUAACAAAAAAGGUGGAUUAUAGAAGUGGAAACAAUUUACUAUUAUUAACACAUUUUUUGUUUUGAAGCAAACAGGACAGUUAGAGAGCGUCUGCCGUCGACUGUCGCCACCGUGCUCCGCAUGUGAGCUAGAGGACGGGGGAGGAGCGCUGGGUCCCGUGUACAGCACCGUGGAACAGCCCCGUCCAGACUGAAGCUGGGCGGUUGCAGUUAACCACCGUACUGAGGAAGACUAAAAGGGUCAGCCGUUACUUCAACCCGAAUAAAGGUUCCUUAUUUUGUGUUUUUCAUACCGCCUCUUUGGAAGAACAUCUCAACUAAAACUUUCGCAUUUGAUAUGCCGAACUAGUUUUGUGGGAGCUUGUGGACGAGAGGACAGCGAAGAAGGACGAGGAUGAUGAGCACCAAGAGGAAGGCAGAGAGUCUCCGACCUUGCAUCAUGAAGUGCGGAGGCUCCCAGGUGGACUCGGAAAGAGACUCUGGAUUCUCAGACGCCAGCUCAGAACACCAGAGCACCAUGGACACCACAGACUCUGAGGAUUCUCCUCAGCCCAGAGGGCAGAAAGGGGCGACGGGUGCCGGUUCAGGUCCAAAGCCCUCCCAGCUGGCUGUGGUUGGAGGUUCCUACUCCGGACUCUCGCCUAUGAUCAUAAUGAACAACGUUGUGCUCAAGCAGCCUGUGGAGAACCCGCCCUCUCUGAAGCCGUGGGGCUUCAGGCCCGCUGUGGAAGUGGUGCAGCCCGUGGUGCCGCAGCCGCAGGUGGUCUUUCUGCAGCCGGUGGUCUCCCGUCAAGCCUCGCCAUCCUCCAAGAAGACCACCUCCAAGCACAGACGCUCCAAAAAGUAUCUUCCCAUCUUAAAAUCCUACCCUAAGAUCGCCCCUCAUCCUGGGGACAGCUCUGCUUCCUCAGGAAGAGGAACCGCUUCUUCUUCUUCUUCUUCCUCCUCCUCCACCACCUCUUCUACAUCGGGGUCAGAGAAAUGUAGCUUGUUGACCUCCAACCUUUGGGAACAAUGUUCGAGAGAGAAGACGCAGAGAUCUCUGUGUAGCAGCACCAGCAACUCCGGAGCGGCUUCCCCCAGUCUUCCUGGUACUCCCAGAACCAUGUCCCCGCUGCUCCAGAACAGACUCUCCCUCCCCGCAGCAGAAGCCAGCAGCGGCGCCAAGCCCGCCACAGAGAGGCCUUCGCUGGCGGCCGACGCCCUGGCCUUCGGUCACUCCGAGAACCAGGCGCUCACGCUGGACAGCAUCUCCUCUAUGGAGUGCAACGCAAGCGACGGCAACCCGGACACCAAGAGGAAGCGCUUCUGCAACACGUACAACAUCCUGAGCAAGUCGGGCCUGCUGGACAUCACGCUCCGCACCAAGGAGCUGCUCCGGCAGAACCAAAGCACGCAGAGCGAGCUGGACCGGCUGAAGAAGCACACGGAGCUGUUCCUCCAGGCGCUGCAGAGUGGGGACACCAGCGUCUGCAUGAAGCUGCUCUCCAGUCUCCAGGAGGAGGACAGAGCUGCUCAGCUGUGAGCCGAUAGACUCAGAGGAAGACCAGGAAGUGCGGGGGAGAGGAGGGUGUGUGGCGCGGCGAGGCAGAUGGGCUGAAAGUAAUGAGCUCUGCAUUAGCGCCCCCUCCCCCAGACGCACAGACAGACAACACACUGUGGCCUACAUUUCAGCAGUCAUUUGCCUUCGGGUCGCUUCCUGAUGCACCAAACUAACCUAAAAAUCAUCAAAGCACUUGUUCGCUUGCACUCUACUUGUACAAUGUUCCGUAACACUGGAGCUGGAUCCUGCAAAUUUCCUUCACUAAUGCAUCUGAGGAACAGAUUCAGUCCAAAGUCUUCUUGCAAUGCACAAAAAGAAUUUCUAAUAUAUUUGGUUAAUUAAAGCAUCAACAAACAUUAAUUACUACAAACUCCAAAACGCAACUUUCUAGAAGCUUUUUAUCUAACCAGGCUGUAAAAGGAUUCAUUGCGACUCUGUGCUAAUAAACUGGGUUGUGAUAAUUAGGCAUGCACAGAUCCACGUUUUUCACUUCAGAUACAGAAAUGAUGCCGAUCUGAUACAGAAAAACAGCUGAAUUGACUUAAAACUUUUCUUUUAAAAAAAAAAAAAAAACCACAGACAUGAAUCUACUGAAUUACAAAUGUAUUAAAUAACUGUACCAGCACAGCACACAUAAAUACACCAAUAGCUUCAUAAUCUUGGUCAAACAUGUAAAAACAACUUUUUUCAGAAAGUGCAAUUAGGAAUGCUAAAUAUAGUGUGAAAUAAAGCACAAAGCGUAGAAUUAGACUGGAUAGAUCUACCCUUAUGAAUUGGACACAUUUUCAUUGAUUUCUUUUCCAUAUCGGAUCAAUACAAAUAUUAAUAUCGGAUCGGUUCAUCUCUAGUGUGUAUAGAUUAUGCCCCCUGCUGCUAAGUUGUGCCUCCUCCUGCAGAGAUGGUCACAAAUGCAUUUGUUUUGUUUUUUUAUUUAAGCUUAACAUUUUUGAAAGAUUAACAAACUUUUACAGCUGUAAUCACUUUAAUCUGAAUGCCAGAAUAUAGAUGCUGGAAGAUAUUCCAACUUUUACGAGUUUAAAUCUCUGUUUAAAAAGGCUUUGAAAAGAGAUCUGCUUGGUCUUUGUCUCCAUGGAUACGCUUAAAGAGGAGGUACACGCUUCCAAUGAUAAAAUUUCUCCACAUGUCACUGGAUUUUAUCAGUAUAUUUCAGUUAGCAUUCUGUAAAACACUUCAAUGUCGAGCCCAAGUUGAAUGUUGUUUCCAAUCAAAACUACAGAAGUUGACUGAAAAUAUGAACUCGAAGGAGCAAAAACUGAGAUGACAGAGUAAAAAUUCUGGCGAUGUUCAGCUAGUAUGAAACGAUUAGCGAAAUCUGCAGUGAGAGAAAAAACUAACGCAGAAACACAAAUUUAGAGGCCAACAAAAAAAAAAGAGAACUUCAUCCUAAUGUUUCGCCUGAUUUUCUGAUAACAGGCCUUCUUGUUACAUUAUCUCUCAUUCAUUCGACUUUCUAAACAUUCUUUCACAGGUGUGUUUAACUGACUCCAGGUUUGGACAUGUGGAAAAUAUUAAGAGCAUUUUUGCCUGUUUGUAGCAUAAAACAGCCAAACGUGCAUGAAGUGUACUUAUCCUCUGCUCGUCACGAGGUUCUGUCCUAGCUGUUUUAUGUUUAGUGUUUUUGUGUUGUGAUCUCAUCAGGUUGGCAGAUGCUCCUGCUCAAAUUGACUGGAGAAACAAAAAAAAAGCGUUUAACGACCAGUUAGAUUCCUCUGUGAUGACGGUUCACUGUCUUGGAGUUGAAACGUGUUUAUUGGUCACUUCUGAACGGGUCUGUACUCUUUUCGUCAGCUUUAUUGUUUUUAAAUAUUCAGAAUAGUGUAAAGUAAGGUGACUGUGUCUGUUUUUAUGUUGUCUCUUUUCUUUUUGCAUAUUUUUUUUAAAGUGUGUAUUUAAAUGUAUUUUUGUUCUAAAUGGCAGAAGUAUCAGGGCAGCUACUGAUGGAAGCCAGUAGUUUUCAACCUCUUCAAUCCAUAUAUAUAUAUAUAUAUAUAUUUUUUUUUUUUUUUUACUCUAAAUUUAAAGUUGUUUUUAAUAGAUCAUGGCCUUAAAAUUUUAAUUAUGUGUAAGUUGAAGAAGAAAUUUGCACUAAAAUCUAAGAAAAGCUUUGAAGCAAUUUGUGGCAGAAUUAAAUGGCAGCUGUGGCGCUGUAGCUUAUUUAAGACGAACAUCGUUUUUUUACUUUUUUAUUUUUACACUAGGUGCAUUACCAGACAUUACAGCUGCACCGCCUGAACGGUGUGGUGAUUUUUAUUUUAUUUAUCUAACUGUAGUCAACUCGUAGCUCUUUGAUAUUUGUUGCUUAUACUGAGAUAAAGUGGUCCAUAUUUAAGAUCACACGUAAAAUGAGUUUUGUAAUAUUUCCAUCUAACCUGCUGUAAAUAGGAAAAUGUUGUUUAAAAGGUAUGCAAUGGAGAAUGUCAGACAAUAUUUCUUCAGAGCUCGAAAGUCGUCUUUGUUUGUAAAUUACACAUUUUAUCCCAUUUUAAUGACUCUUUGCUUUAAUAGACACGUCAACUACUCUGUUCUCCACACUGUCAUUUAAUAUAUGAGGCACAGUUCACACUAUUAAAUAUUUUUAUAAUAUAAAGUGGAUGUUUUGUGGCUGCUUCACAAAAUUGAUUCAGCGUGAGCAAAGAGGAGCUUUGUGUAAAAGAUAUUAGAGGUCAUCAUCUCUCCUCCCAUUGUUUUUCGCUGCGCUGCACCAUUUCCACUAUCAGCAGACCAGCUUUAUGCUGUACAGUCUUCAACGUUUUACCGUCUGUCCCAAUAUUAUAUCCGUCGAUCUGAAUUGAUCUCUACAUGUUGAUCGAUAUCCGGAAAACCUCACGAGUUGAAAGGUUUUCACCUUCUGACACAAAGACUCACCAAAACAAACCUUUUUGUUUUUCUCUCUGAUACUAUUUACUUGUCUGGUAUUUGUCUACAAACAGUCUUGCAGGCGCUGGCUGACUUUUGACUUUGCUGCUCUAAAAGGCCACAGCUUAGAUUGUUUUCCCCCCUCUAAACUAAAUCAAAUUUCUCAUUUGUCAUUUAUUCUCUUUAAAGCCUUAAGAUGUCCAGGGUAGCGAAGUGAAGCUUUUCAUUUUGUGAAAACAUAAAACGGUUUCACUAUUUCAGCUUAUCUGAAAUGGUUCAUUUGUAGAAUGUCUCUGAGACGGAGAUUAAUAAUCUAUGAUUUAAUUUACAUUAUAUAGUUUGAUGGGCUUUAGCUGACUCAAAAUUUAAUGAAUUUAAUGAAUAACACUAGUAGUCAAAAGAUCAUUGUAGUCAUUGUGAAGUGGCCAUAUUUGGUCAUGAGAAUUUGCGAUGUCAGCUUCCAAAAUGUUGAUUGAAACAGAAUAGUUUUCAUGUACAAUGGGAUACUUUUGAAAUAAGCUUGAAAAUUGGCAGCUUUAAAUUCUCUUGUCUGUGUAUUUUUUAAAUGUUAAGAAUUGGGAUUGUUUAUUAAAAUGCACGAAUGGCAAUAUAGAUAUUGCAAGCUAACAUUUUUUAAAGGUGUGAUAAAUUUAAAUGAGUUAAUUUAAUCGAGUCAUUCUGACUUGCAAGCAAUAAGUUCUCGUUUUCUAACAUUUGUGGUUGGUGAACAUAGAAAACUGACUAAAUCAUAACUUUGUAUGGGCUUUAAUGUGAACUCACUUCAAUAAGACUGAGUUAUGGUUUGGGUUAAUAUCCUGUUUUGUUUUGUAUGUUUACAUUUUGGUUGUAAUUGCCUGUGUAAUAAAUAUUAUUUUGAAAAAAUA